AUGCGACUCAAAUCACGAGGCGGGGAAUUGCCUCCCAUUCAUGAGUCAGCCAGAUUCACAGCUGUUUCCGCCAAUCCAUACACCCGGUUGUUUGGCCUUGUAAACGUCCUGUAUCAUACAGGAUGGGUCCGCCUUAGCCGGGUGACAAAGCGCAGGAGGGAUCCACCAUGGGAUCUAGAUGGAAUCAACCAUGGCCCCUCGAGCAAUGCCAUCUUACUCCAGUGGAUCUCCACCAAAGACAACUACCACCAAUGGGACAGUACAACUUUUGAACCAACAGAACGGCUGACUAUCUGCGAGGAGAUUGUUCAGCUCAUGCAAAUGCAGGGAAUAGCCCAUCGACACGCCAGGGGCAUCAACACCCGCAUUCAAAUAUUGUGGCGGUCUUACAACACCACACGCGAAUUCGUCAAUCAUGCCAGAGGAAAUACCAAUGAGAUUGCCCCCGUCAUUCUAGGUAUGCCCGGAGGGUUUGCCCAUAUUGGGAUCUCCUGGACCCCGUGA